AUGAAGUUACGAGAAAUUAUUACGUGUUGUAAUAGACCUUACUUGGACAUCACGUUCAACAUUAUGAGGAGGAAGACGCUCUUCUACACCGUAAACCUCAUCAUUCCCUGCAUGGGCAUCUCCUUCCUCACAGUCCUCGUCUUCUACCUCCCCUCAGACUCCGGCGAGAAGGUCAGCUUGUCCAUCAGCAUCUUGCUCUCCCUCACGGUGUUCUUCUUGCUGUUAGCAGAGAUCAUUCCGCCGACAUCACUAGUUGUGCCGUUACUAGGAAAGUUCGUGUUGUUUACUAUGAUAUUAGACACGUUAAGCAUCUGCGUGACGGUGGUGGUGCUCAACGUACACUUCCGGUCGCCCCAAACACACUCCAUGGCUCCCUGGGUGAGACGGGUCUUCAUACACAUUCUGCCUCGCCUCCUGGUAAUGCGUCGACCACAGUAUCAGAUGGACCGACACCGCCUUUUCGCCAAGACUAAGGCUGGUAUUUUCUGUCUUGUGGCUGUGGUGACAUGCAGGGAGUCCUGUAACUCCACCGAAUCUUUCCAGGACUCCAGAGACAAUUCUUUCAGUCAGCAGGAAUUAAGAGAUGCCAUUCAAGAAGGACUUAUGUAUAUGGGUAUACCUGGCAGUCGACCUCGCUCACCACACAGUGCAUGUCUCCUCAGCCGUGACAUGGACUCAAUGGGAAUCAACGGCGGCUGUAAGAUCCACGGGCCGGCGGUGCUGGCGGACGAGCUGGGUGUUGGACUGAACGGGAACGUCGGGUCACCUGGCAGAGGCACCACGGAGAAUGGCAGCACCCAAUACUGCCCGGAGGUUAUUAAAGCCUUUGAGGGAGUGAGGUUUAUCGCCGAGCAUACGCGUAGGGAGGAGGAAUCGUGCAGGUGAGCUGGAGGUAGUGGUG